AUGCUUCCGCUGCUCGUGUCACCGCUCGCGCGCGCGGAAUCCGCGCUUCUCCGCCGCCUUGCGCCUCCCCCUGCGACCGGCGCGCCCGCCGGCGGCCAGGAGGUGAUAUGGGAGCUGCACGGUGACAGGUGGCGGCGCCUGAUUGGCGGAGACAGCAGUAGCAGCGCAAGCAGCAAAGGGGGGAAAGGACAGCUAAUGGUGGAAGUUGAACUGGAAGGCGAGGAAGCUGCUAACGCGUACGAGGAGGAACACGGACGCGUUGUAAAGGGGAUCGUUACAAGCACGGGGAAUGCCAACGGGAAGGGCACAGGGGUGAAGGUUUUAGCGGGGGAGGAUGAGCGGAGCAGAGGGGGGGAUAUGGUUGCGAGGGUGGUGAGGGGAGUGAAAGCGGCGGUGGUGAGAUGGAUGCUACCAGAGGGUUAUCCCGAUAGUGUGACUCCUGACUAUAUGGAGUAUACAGUGUGGCGCAUGCGGCAAACAGUGGCGAGUGAAAUGAACCACGUGCUUACAACGCAGAUCCUUCCUGCUCCCUGCCUUCCUCCCUUGUUCUCCCUCUCUUCCCCCUCUCUUCCCUCUCUACCCUCCCCACUUGCCCCCUUCUUCCCUCUCUCCCUCCUCCAGGCAAUGCUGUAUGCGGUGGGAUUAGGCAAGGGCGCCAUCCCAGCAGCAGCAGCAGCCGUCAAGUGGGUGAUGAAAGACGGGCUGGGCUAUGCAGCCAAGGGCGCCAUCCCAGCAGCAGCCGCGGUCAACUGGGUGUUAAAGGACGGGCUGGGCUACGCUGCAAAAGUCACGCUCUCCCAGUUCGGCCGCCAUUUUGACGUCUCGCCCAAGCGCUCGCGGCUCCUCUCCGACCUCGUGGAGAAUCUCUCUGCUUCUCUCGAGCUCCUCACAGCCACCUUCCCGCAGUAUUUCGUCCAGCUGGCUGCUGCUGCUGGUGCGGGGUUUUCGGCAUCGAGCCUUGUGCAGAGCGCUACCAGGAACCGGUUUUACGCUGGUCUGGCGGGCAGAAGGAAUUUUGCUGAGGUGCUAGCACGCGCAGAGGCACAGGGCAUGGUGAGCAAGACAUUGGGGAUGGCACUAGGCAUCGCCAUUGCUCCCCAUGUGGGCACCCGGGGUCCUCUACUCUGGGCAACUCACGCCGUUCUAUCUGCCGCGCACCUGUUCUGCAACUACCGUUCUUACAAGGCCAUGCAGCUCAGAACGCUCAACCCCUUCAGAGCAGAUGAGCAGCAGCAGAAAUAUUGUCCUGGCAGAGCGUCUCCCAUACCCCUCCCCGGCACAGGGAGCCAGAACUGGAUCGAGUUUGGAGUGCAUGUGGCAGCAGUGGCGCACACACAGAGACGGAGCGAGAACUGGAUCGAGUUCGGAGUGUCGUUGGCAGCGGUGGCGCACACAGAGCGGGAGGCUGAGACUAUGGCGGAGAUAUUCCGAGGAGAGAAGUACAUGCUGGGAAGGGACGAGCGAACGGGGCAGAUGCAGGUUGUGUUGAAAGAGGGAGCUCUUCCGAGGGACUUCCUCCGAGCGGCCCUACAAGCUGCCUACCUCCGCACGCUCUCUCCACACGUCCUCUGCCCCACCAUUCACUCUCUCACCCCUCAAGCGCGCACACACGUCCAAGCCCGCGCAGCCGAGUUUGCCUCUUUUGGAAAGCUAGAGGUGCUGCAUGUGUCGUAUGACUGCAUGGCGGGGGGUUUCGACGGGCUAUGUGAGGUGCUGAGAGCGAAUGGGUGGCGCUGUGACGAUGGCUUGCUGGCGCGCCCAGGGGACUGGCGGCUGCUACUGACAACGGAUAAGGGGAAGUGA